AUGCCUUGUGAUCCCAAGACAAGUACAAUCAGCCCACAUUUGGCAGAACUGGAGCAGUUUAAUACAGUUAAUGUUCCAGAAAGUAGUGCCAACAUCAACAUUCCAUCACAAAAUAGUCACCACCAACAGCAGCAACAGCAACAACAGCAACAACAGCAACAACAGCAACAACAGCAACAACAGCAACAACAGCAACAACAGCUACAACAGCUACAACAUCACAAUCAUCAUCAGCAAACUUCUCUGCAUCCACAGCAUACUCAUAAUGGUGCUCUAGGUUACAGCAGUCUGCCGUCAGAAGGUCCAAAACCUUCUUUCAAUUACGACCUCGAGAUAUUCAAUUUAUGCAAACAAUAUCUAAAUAACAAGAACCAUCAUGGUCUAGCCUUGAUUGCUAGACAGAAAGGUAUCCCACCAUUUCUACGCUUCAAAGCAUGGCCAGUAUUACUCAAAUACCAUCCAUUUGUCCUUGACCCAUUUAUUCAACCAGAUAACGAAGUCAUAAAUGAAGGUAACGAACUGGACUCCUCGUCGUCGACUUCUUCUUCUUCUUCUUCAUCUUCUUACUCAUCUUUUUCGAAAGAUAGUGGUUCAAGGAAUAGCUCCUCAAACGGUACACAGCGUCUGCACGAACAAGCCAGUUAUAAUGCGCGAUCCGAUACUGAAAAUAGGAUCAAGAAGGACAUUUCAAGGUAUGUGCAAAGAAUAUUUGGCUCGCUGUCGACUGAAUUGCCAUCUUUAGACCGGGAAAUUCUCGAUGUUAUUGAAAAUGCAGUAAAGAAGUUUACAUUAAAGUGGGGCAAAAUUAUCAAAUACGACCUUUCUUUGCUAUGGAUGGCGCUUAACUUGGCAGAGUGGAUCCCACCGCUUCCAAAGACGCCAUGGGUAUUGGUGGGAAGAGACCAAAACUCCCACCCAAAACUUACACAUAAUGUUUUGGACGACUACACGCAUUACAUAGACAAUAUCCCAGGUUUGGGAAACUACCUUGAGGAAUUGAUUUACAACGACGAGCACAUUUCGUCAUUGGCUUUCCACGAGGUUUAUGAAAGACUUGUUUUGGUGUUGCUCCAUUGUCCUGAACCUGAUUCGAGGAAACAAACCAGUCAAAAUGGUUCAACGGGAGGUAAAGGAGACGUGGCUAGCAAUGAUCACCACAACCAUCAUAACCACCAUCAUUAUCAUCAUCAUCAUCAACAAGAUCAACUCAACAAGACGAGACUCCCAGUGACUGGUGGCACCAUUGAAGAAAGAGUGUCAUUCUUCAUCUUUUGUUUGCGAAAGUUGCUUCCUGAACUUUCUCAGUAUUUCCAUGAAGAGCAAAUUUUGAGCAAAUUUGGAUGUCUGGAUGAUGAGUGGUUGAUAUGGUGGCUCAAAUUCUGUGGCACUAAGGCGUGGUCUAAAUUUGAUAGAGGCCGGAUCUGGGAUUUCAUGUUAGGGUGGAGAUUAAAAAAUCCGAAAAAGAAUUUCAACUACUAUUAUGAAAAGCUCAAUUACGUCAAUAGAGACACGUUGGAGAAACUUGGACCAGACAUUUUCUGGACACUCAACUCUGAGAAAACUGAGAGACCCAAGAUGAAUCCAAGAAAUAAUUCCUUUAGGGAUUUGGUGCAUGAGUUGAACUGCAAUUUCCAUAUAUCAAGAGCCGAUUUCAAUCAGCAACUACAAUCAGACAGCUCUAAAUCAAAGAUUGUUAGUCCCGCCUCUGAUGCCCCUGCCUUAACUAUCCCAUUCUCCACCAUUGAUCCGCAUGUUGCACUCAUUUUCAUCUCGAUUUCGUUGCUAAAGUCCAAAGAGAACACAUUAGUAGAGUUGGACCAGCAUGAAAUACGACAGUUCCUAUCACGACUUCCAUCAAAGUCGUACGAAUACAACCACAAACAGAGGAAACGUUUGAACAAUAAUGGAAAUGACCCAAGCUCAGUGCGUAGUAGUAAGCCAUCGCUGCCGUCGGAAGAGAAAACCCUUAACACGAUUAUAAUCUCGAAUGAUGCACAGGACAACAAGCAUAAGAUCAAUUUCAUCGAUAGUAUCAUUAAUGAAGCGGGCGAAGAGUGGCGCAAAUGGCUAUGGACCGAAUUUGUUGAUGAUGGGUAA